ACACACUCAGAAUUCAAGCCAUUUAUACACAGCCACUGCGAUGGAAAACAUGUUGAAAUUAGCCCUAAUAAUUUACAUUUUUAGUUUUGUUACCGGAGCCAUAUUUAAUUUAACAGACCUCUCGUAUUCAGAUGAGAAUAACAUUGAGCAAUCCGCCAAGAAUGAAAUAAAAAAUGUAGAAAGUAAUGGGAACCAUAUAUUGGUGUUGGAGUUGAAUGAUGAAGGAUUGGAUCUGAAGACUUUGAGGACUGCCAAUGAAAAGGAAGGGGUGGUUUUUGAUCGGGUGGUUGGACCUAUGAUUGAGGCCUACAAAUACCGACCAGCUCGCCUCUCGAAGCCUGUGGAAACUAUGGAGGCGGAACAAGAGAGUAGAGAAGUCAAGGAUAGGAGAAACAAGAAGAUAAAACAAGAAAUUAUGAGGCUCAUCAACAAAUUCGCGAUGUCAAUCUCUACAGAUCCUGAUGUGUUCCUAGUAGAUUCUGCAUCUAUAGAAGAUACUGGCCCAUCUCUUAUUCUAUUCAUAAAAGGCCCCUACACAUCGCUCUUAGUAAGCAGCGACCGCAAAGAGUGGCACUUUUUCAUCCCCCCCCCGUCUCCGCUCCCCGCGUGGCUGUACUUCCAGAGGGAACCGCUAGAUGGCGCUGUCAACAUACCCGAUGACGUCAGAGACCAAUUGUUCGUCAAGAUGCUGCAUUUGUUGCGAAUAUUUUUGGCAUUUCCUAUCUAAAAUUUUACUUUUCAAGGCUUGUUUUACCACAUUUUGAUACACAAUAUAGCUUAAUUUACUUUUUUCAUUUA